AUGCCGCCGAAAAAAGCGCCGGCGAAAAAACUGCACGAAUUGGGAGCAGAGGUUUGUGUCGGAACCAAAAUCGCCGACAACAGCAAGAAGACGUUCAUCGUCGGGAAACAGUUUGCCACCGGCGGUUUCGGACGCAUUCACACGUGUACCGAGGAGGGAAAAUCGCAUCAGAUGGUCAUGAAGAUUGAGCCGUUGACCAACGGACCUCUCCUGACCGAAGUAGUCGUUUUCAAUCGAAUUCUGAAGAAAGAGCAUUUGGAGGCGUACAAGAAAAAGAAGAAGAUCUCGUGGAUCGGUCUUCCGUACAUAAUUGCCAACGGUUACUUCACAUACAACUCGGAUAAAAUGAGGUAUAUGAUCAUUCCGAAGUAUGCGAUGUCGUUGGAAGGAGCCAGAGAAGCGAACGGAGGAAUAUUGGCAGUCAGGGAUGCGUUGACGGUCACUAAUUGCAUUUUGGGAGCUUUGGAAUAUCUGCACGAAGUGGUGAGUGAUUCUGAACUUCUUUGACACUUUCUAGCCUUUUUUCAGGACUAUACUCACGCCGACGUAAAAGCAGCCAAUAUUCUGCUCGAAAAAGAGAACGUCUUCUCUUCUUCCGUGCUCGUCGACUUCGGAUUGGCUUUUCGGACCACGAACAAUGUGGACAAGCCGGACAAAAAGCGAGCUCACAACGGCACUUGCAUCUUCACUUCGACCGAUGCUCAUCGGGGAAACAACCCGUCGUACCGUGGAGACGUUGAGAUUCUGGCGUACAAUGUAAUCAUGUGGUUGACCGGAACUCUGCCCUGGCUGGCGUUGGAGGCGUCCCCGGACAAAGUGUUCGACGCGAAACAGAAGUUCAUCUCAGGACUGCCCGGCACUUUGCAAAGUGUACUCAAGGUUCGUCUCCCUUUCCGCUUUUCCACCCCAUUACCCAUUUCGUGUCACUUCUCUACGGUAACUUUACGACUCGUUUGCCAUUCCUAAAUUAUGGGUUCCGCGAUUCUCAAAACAUGAAGCCGUGAUGAUUGCUCACGCGAUUGUGCUUCAAUUAUCCGGUAGCCAUCAUAAUCCAAUUGUAGACCCAUUCGUCGGCCGUUAUUUCGUGUCUUACGACCAUAUUCAACGUGGCGAUGACGACGAAUUAUACAAGCAAAGUGGACAUGGAAAAGCUGAAAAAACUGGUGACCGACGCGAUCCAGAAGGUGCCGGAAAGUGAUAAGGCGGGCAAGAAGAAGAAGGCGACGGGUUGGGAAUUCAGAAAACGGGAAUUGAAAAAUAUUACGAAACAUUUUCAGACGAUGUCCCAGAAUCUUCGACGCCAAGAAAGAGCUCCAGAAGACCAGCGAGACAUGUCGAAGAAGAAGACGACGAAGAUGAAAAGGAAGAAGUUGUGAAGCCGAAAACAAAACCGACUCCUUCCAGAAGUGAGAGAACGAAGAAGAACGACGAGGAAGAGAAGAAAGAAAAGCCGAAGAAGUCGAAAACGCCGUCUAAAUCUAGAAGAAUAGUGCAGAGUGACGAUGAGGAUCAGGAAAAGGAGGAAGAGCAGAAGCCUAAGAAGUCGUCGUCCAGAAUACAAACCAAGCCUCGAAGAGUGUUCGUCGAUGAAGAUGAAGACGACGAAGAGGAGCUCGUCUCUGCUCCGAAGCCAACGAAAUCGCGCAGAAGAGUCGAAGAGGAAGAAGAACGAUCGGAGCAAGGGACACCGAAAACACCAAGUUCGAUCCGAGUGGGACUCAGGAAGCCGGGAAUGCAUCUCGGAGUGACGUCUUCCACAGCUUCGUCCAACAAAAUUGCAAGGAAAAUAGAGCAGAAAUACAAGCGUCUAUCGAUGAACAAAUCAAACCAAGUGCCAGUUUCUAUCACUAUUCCGGCGUCUCCAGAAUCUUCCUCCACGUCUCCUUCUACUUCUUCUGGCGUCGGAAAGAAAAGAACUUCUGAAGAUCGGCAGCUCGAGGAGGAGACUCUCGCUCUCAAAACUCCCGCUCUCGUGAAUCCGGCUGUUAAACGUGAGUGUAGACAAUCGCCUGGUUCCUAUAAUAAUGAUUUUUCAGGGGCCAAGUACAAGAGUGGCAUCUCAUCGGAUACGAAGGCCAGCCCGACCGAGUUGAGAAGAGUCCCAGGAGUCAGAAACUUCCCGAAAGGAAGACGUUCCAUGAUCAUCAAGGAGGUAACUCAAAAUAAUUUUUGACGUUUUAGAAGAUCCUUUUUUCAGACAACCACCAAAUACAAAGAAAAACGUGCUGCCGCCACUGCACGCCAGGCAAAACCAUUGUUCGACGAUUCGAGCUGCAGCGGCUCCUCGGAAGUGUAA